AUGAAAGCCAUCGUUUCUAAAAAGCCCAACGUCAAGUGGGAUGAUGUUGCAGGGCUCACUCCAGCAAAGCACGAGCUGCAAAGGGCGAUUGUAUUCCCUCAGAGGUUUCCCAAUCUCUACGACGAGAAGCGAAAACCUUCGGGUGCUAUCCUCCUCUACGGACCUCCAGGCGCAGGCAAGAGUUACCUUGCAAAGGCAGUGGCUACAGAAGUAGACCACACAUUCUUCAGCAUCAGCGCAGGGGACGUUGUCUCCAAAUACCUUGGCGAAAGCGAGAAGCUUAUCCGCCAACUCUUCACCCUUGCCCGCGAAAAAAAGCCGUCAAUAAUCUUCAUCGACGAAAUUGACGCCCUCUGCUCGAACCGCGAAGGCGGCGGCGGCGGCCCAGACAACACGGGCAACGAGCACACAUGGCGCAUGAAGACCGAGAUGCUGGUCCAACUCGACGGGCUGCACGCCGGCGAUAACGACAACACGGGUGUGGUCGUCCUUGCGGCGACAAACCUGCCCUGGGCGCUGGAUCCAGCCUUCCGGCGGCGCUUCGAGCCGCGGAUUUACAUUCCGCUACCAGACAAGGAGGCGCGGAAGCAGCUGUUUAAGAUACACUCUGGCAAGUGGGGUGAAUUGCUGACGGAUGUGGACAUGGAGGAACUGGCGGAGAUGACGGGAGGGUACUCGGGAAGCGAUGUCGCAAACGUGAUCAAGCAUGCGCUGUCUGUGCCGCUGCAGAAGGUGCAGAGGGCGACGUUCUUUAGGAAGACGGGAUCGACUGGCGAGGGGAUGUACACGCCCUGUGAAGGACACGAAAAGGGAGCGAUGGAGAUGACGUGGGAGGGGGUGCCGAAGGACGGGCUUUCGGAGCCCCCGGUUACUGCAGGGGAUUUCAAGCAGGUGCUUCGCGAUCGGAGAGUUAAGUCGUCUGUCGGGGUGGGCGAGCUGGAGAGGUAUGAGGGCUGGACUCGCGAGUUUGGCGUUGAGGGAAGCAGCUAA